ACUUCGUAAGGUGCGUGAACAUUGUGAUCCAGAGUUUGAAGCUCAUUGGCAAUGUUUAGAUAGAAACAACCAGGAACUUCGUCAUUGUAGAGGAUUGGAACGAAAAUUUAAUUCAUGCGUUGUUAAUGCCCUG